AACAGACUUAGCACUCUUCAGAUGAUUCUUUAAACAAUGUUGCCCAGCUGAGGAAACCCAAAGGACAUUUGAUCGCAGGCGUCCAGGAAUUAUUUGAAGGGAAGGGACCCGGAAACUGAUCAUCACAAGAUAUUUUGCCUAAAGUUUAUCCUCCUUGAAUAGCUGGGAGAUGAGCACUUCGCUGACUUAUAACUCCUUGUCCAAACAGCAGCAAACUAUGGAUAAUCUAGAGAAACAGCUAAUUUGUCCAAUAUGUCUAGAAAUGUUCUCCAAGCCAGUGGUAAUUCUUCCUUGCCAACAUAACUUGUGCAGGAAAUGUGCCAGUGAUAUUUUUCAGGCAGCCAAUCCAUACCUGCCAACAAGAGGAGGAAACACUGUGGCCUCUGGAGGGCGUUUUCGCUGCCCCUCUUGCCGACACGAAGUUAUACUGGACAGACAUGGGGUGUAUGGACUACAGAGAAAUCUACUGGUGGAAAAUAUCAUUGAUAUUUAUAAGCAGGAGUCUACAAGGCCGGAAAGGAAAUCUGACCAACCAAUGUGCGAGGAACACGAGGAUGAGAAAAUUAAUAUAUAUUGUCUGAACUGUGAAGUGCCAACUUGUUCCAUGUGCAAAGUCUUCGGAGUUCACCAGAACUGCCAGGUUGCUCCACUUUCUCAAGUUUUCCAAGGACAAAAGUCCGAGAUCUCUGAAGGGAUUGCUGUGCUGGUUGGAUGCAACGACAGGAUUCAAGCAGUAAUAGGCCAAUUGGAAGAGACAUGCAAAGCCGUAGAGGAGAACAGCAAAAGACAGAAAGAAAAGCUAUGUGAAAAAUUUGAUUAUUUGUAUGCUAUCCUUGAGGAAAGGAAAGGGGAACUAACCCAAGUCAUCACUAGAGACCAAGAAGAAAGACUUGAAUAUGUGAGAUCUUUAAUGAAAAAGUAUGCUGACCAUUUAGAAACUGUUUCAAAACUGGUGGAGUCAGGAAUUCAGUACAUGGAUGAGCCGGAAAUGGCUGUAUUCUUGCAGAAUUCUAAAGUAUUACUACAAAAAAUCACAGAAGCAUCUAAAGGAUUUCAGAUGGAAAAAAUUCAACCUGGAUACGAAAGCAUGAAUUCUUUCACAGUGGACCUUAAUAGAGAAGAACGAGUAUUACGAGAAAUAGACUUUUAUAAAGAAGAUGAAGAUGAAGAAGACGUGGCAGAAGGUGAAGAUUCAGAUGUCCAUACAGAAUCAUCUGGUGAAGAAGACACCACAGAAAAUGGGACCCAGAUAUCUCAAGUUAACAGUGAAUCUGUUAGUAUUCCUGAUGCGGUACCUCAAUCACAAGACGCCAACUUACCGAAAACUGACAUUCCUGCUCAUCCGGUUGGUGUUGUGCUGAGUGGCAUUCAACAUACUUCCCAGCCUAAAACUGAAGUGCUCUCAUCAACAGAGACCUCGGAUCCUUUGCUUUACCCUAGUUGGUAUAAAGGCCAAGUACGAGAGGAAUCCAGCUCAAACAAGGCAUUGUUGAGUGAAACUUUGGGUCAAAUAGGUUCUUCAGUUCCUAAAGAAAUGAUUGUAAAGAAAACAGACCCUGCAGCAACAGUUAAAGAUAGUAUAGCAGGGGUUGGUGAGGAAACCGGCUCAUCUGCAGAUGCUCCAAAGACUGGACCUGGUGAAGCCACACGGGGAGAAACAGUGGAGAACACAAGUUCUAAUCCGUCAGAAAACCCAGACAGCGGACGCCACAUGUUCUCCUUUUCUUGGCUAAACUCUUUAUCUGAGUAAUUGUCUCAUUACAAAUAAAAUAAAACUUUGUCCAAGGAAAACUCCAGAAAUGAUAAGCCGAGACAUCGCAGUCAACCGACAGUUCAGAUUAAAUGUGUAAUUUAUCCUGUAUUAUUUUUUUUCUACUUUUAAUGAUAAUGUGAAUUAACCUUUCGAGUGCCAGAAAAGCGAGAAAUACAUUGUUUAUCCCUUCAGGCACUCAAAGGGUUAGGUUUCUGAACUAUCUGCCUUUGUAGCAAAGUUGUGUACCGCUUUGUUAUUUUAAAGAGUGUAAUUUAUUCUGUCUGCUGAAUUAUUAAAUAUAGACUGUUUGGAUCAACAGCAGCAACAGAGGUGUGUGAAAGGUUGACCUGGAUAGGCUAAAGUCUAUCUUUUUUUAUUUCAGCCCAGACUACUAUGUUACUGUGUAGAAUUAAUAAACAAUCAGCGUGACAUGAAUCAGCAGAUCUAUAACAUCAAAAAAUAGCAAAUACCAUAAGCUAGGAGUAGAAUGUUUCCUACUUUGCAUAGCCACACCUAUAGUCCCAUUCACAGCUACUUGCCAGCCUUUGUGACUACCAUCAAUGAAAUUGCAAACCUCAGCCAUCCUUAACACUGCAGGACAAAAAGAUGAACUGUGACUUGACUACAAAGUACAAUAUAUUUAAGAGGCUUUGGCUUAUGUUUUUGAAGCCCUGGGGAGGGAAAUGUAACUAUAAUAUAACCUGUAUUCUAUCAGGAGGGUGUGGAGCUUGGUAAAAUGAUCUUUAUUCCUGAGCUGCAUUCUUUUUAUUGUGAGUUUAGAAUUGAAACCAUUAGCAAGCCUGGGAAAGGGGUUUAAGUGUGAUGUGGUCCAUAGGCAAAGUAAGUUUUACUGAAUACAAGUCUUCUUUGGUCUUUUCAAAUACCAGGAGGUGCAGUACAACCUCAUUCUAUUUACACAAUGUUUUUUUGGGGGGGGGGAUAGACAUUAAGAUCUCUCUAUCCCAUAUUAUUUGUACCUAUAAUCUCUUAAAUAUGAAUUACAUAACAUGCACACACACAGUAUAUGUUUAUAAACAUGCACACAGUAUAUUUUCAGCCACAUUUGUCAACUAGUUACCUCAUGCAUUAUUUAUUUAACCAUGAUCACAGUUUUUACAAAGGGGGACUAAACACCACAAACAGCAAGCUUCCUGCACUGUGUCUUUAAUAGUUUGCCUUAACAUGAAAAUAUAUUGUCUAAAAUCCCCCUCUUGCUAGCUUCAGUUGGAUAUUGCUGUAAUGUCUGUGUGUUAGUAUGCACAAUAGGGAUUGUAGAAAAUAAGCAUUUUUCACUUGUGUAUGAAAAUUUAGGACCACCUCUGUGACUUAAUGAAAAUAUAUAAAAACUAAAAAAAAAAAAAAAAUAAGUUUAGCAAAGAAAUUGGAGUGGACAGUAGUAAUAGCUUUGCAGAUUUUAUUAAAAAUAUAGAUAUUAAACAUUAUGUUACACACUGAACUUGUGCGAGCGCUGAUAAGAUGUUUUAAUUAUGGAAAUGUGCACAAUAAACUUUUUUGAUGCAAAAUAAAUAACAAUAUUUUUUUCACCUCCCAGAGGGUAUCCCAUCAGGUACUAUAGAGUAAGCAAGUUUAUUCAGAUUUUGAAGCACAGACUCAUACUGUUAUUCCUAAGGAAAUUAUGUGAAGUAACCCUCCCCCCACCUCCCCCCCUCUCCCCCUAGUAUAAAAUAAAAAUAAAACAUGUUAUGCCUGUU